AUUGACAUUGCCACCCAUUUUAUGAAUCUUUAAUAUAGAAGAAAUAACAAAAAAGAAAAGGAUAAGUUGAAUAGGGGCAAUGAUUAAAGAAAAAAUAGUGCCAAUCACUAAAAGUGGAUGAAUAGUUAUGGAAACGAUGGAAAUAAUGAUGGAGUUUAAGGUUAAAAAAUUGGUAGCUAAGAUUAAAGGAUAGAAGCCAAUCAAUUUAACCCUCAAGAAGAAUGUUAAAGUAAGGAUUGAUUAAGUGCAAGCCAACACUAUAAUUUCAGGAGAUGCCUAAGCAGAGGAAAAAAAUACCAAUUAAUAGAUAGAAUGUGUAUCUGGAAUACAAGAAGAGCAAAUUAAACGAGCUUAAUAGUAAUAGGUCAAAUAGGAAUAGGUCAAAUAAGAAUAGGUCAAAUAGGAAUAGGUCAAAUAGGAAGGAAAAGAAGAUUAAUAAGUUUAACACUAAAUGAAAAUUAGAGGUGUUUAAACUGAUUUUAUGAAUGAUCCACCUUCAACUCCAAGCAAUGAUAGCGGAACAAGUAUUAAAAUCUUGUUGAAUCAUUCAUAAAUCAUUAAUAAUGUUAGCGAAGAAAAUAAUUAAGCAGGCUAGAUUAAUAUCAGUGUGAAUAUUCUUAUCUAACCUCACUAGUGGGAAAGUGAUGUGAUAAACAAGAGAGAUAUAAAGUUUGGUCACAAUUACUUUGAGGAAAACAAGUAAAAAGAUGAGGAAUUUAAAUUUCCUUCUCCAUCGGAUAUAUCAGAUCAUAUAUCAACAUUGGAGGAAUUAUGAGUAUUCAUCAAUAAUCAAAAUGAUAUUAUUUUUCAUAUGGAGAAGGCCAUUGAACUUGGGAAAA